GGAACGAAUAGAAGUGUUUGCAAACUAACAAACUGAGCAAAGGCAACAAAUCGAAGUGACGACGAUGUUCUCAUACCAAACCAAGGCUGGGUGAUGCGUGAUCAACGGACGCGAUCACCGCGGUUCAGUGGAAUUGACUCAUCGUAGUUUUAGGGCAGUACCGAGAUCAAUCUAGUAACGAAAGUUACCAUCUUCCGACCGCUUCAUCGCUUUACUAACUAUGACCUCCGCGGAACAAACCGAAGGGCUUGCCUCGUCCGAAACUGAUGGGGCGAAGCUGACGGCGAUGGUUGGUGUACAGCUGGAGUUCCUGACCCGUACGGAUGAACCCGGUCACGACGUUACCCGUUGGGACAUUUCGCUGACGUGCAUAUCUAUCGUUCUGCGAAUAGUGAGCAUAAGUUUGACCUUGCUCCUUGCUAACGAGUAUUAUCAAAAAGAACGAAUCAUCUAUUUCGCCCUGACGCUUGGCGGAUUGAUCGUACCGGCCAUUAUCACCUCCUUGCUGAGCCUGCUGAUGUAUGUAGACGACACGAAACGGGGGCGGCGCGAAUCUCAACCAUGCUGCGACACCAUGCUGUGCGUACUUGUGCUGCCGUUUUUCUGCCGGUACUGGCAUUCAAUGCGUCUCUCGUACGCUUGCUAUCAGGCAAAGCGUCGGCAAGAUUUAUCCGGCCAAAAACGGACCUACGAGCUGCUGGUUCAGGAAGACAGCGACGUGGCAUUGUUGCGUAUAUUCGAGUGCCUGCUAGAGGUGACAUUGCAGAAAAUCCUCCAACUGACGAUCGUCCUCACCACCGGUCCCGUGUCGCCACUGCAGAUGCUUUCGAUCAUCAGUGCCAUGGGCAGCAUUGCCUGGUGUAUGGCAUCCCACUAUCGUUGCGUACGGUUCGCUCGGCUUGAUAAGCGACACAUUCCCUGGUCCGGCACGAUCGUUCACAUUGCCUGGCAGUUUACCGUGACGGUCGCACGUGUCCUCGCCAUCGCCACGGUGGCCAGUGUAUUUCCGUACUACACUGCGCUGGCCUGCGCCGUCCACGCUAUGCUGAUGGCAUUGUGGGUGUUCUUUUACGAACGUCCAUCCUUCUGCGGUGAUUCUUUCAUCCAGCGUGCGUUCCUGUCCUCCGCCUUCGGUGCAGUGUUCAUUUUCAACUACAUUCCUCUUCGCGAAGGAGCGACGCAGUUACGGUAUUCACUGUUUUACACACUUUGUUUCAUCGAGACGGUGACCUGCGGAACGUUAUACGCACUGUUUGUGCGUAACUCAACGAUACGAGGGUCGACAAUUUGGCUCGUUGUAUUGAGCUGCUUCCCAGUAGUGAUGUUCGUGCUCGGUAUCAUGUUGAUGAUCGUUUUCUAUCGAUCCUGUCACCCAAACAUCACCUCACGCCAGCAGGAUGAUCCAUCGGUAGAUUUAUAGAUUGGUUCACUCGAAGCCUAAUAGCCGACCAAAGAACUGGAAUGUAGGAAUAUGAAAAAUUGGCUAUGUGAAUUACAAUACCCGUGAAUGCAAAAACGGCCAGAAGCGGUAUAUGUUGCAGAUAACAUAAAGACUGAAUCGUAGCAAUACACGAAUUGUAUUAUUUUAACUCAAAGACAUACUUUGUUACAACAACAUCUUAUCAAGAGUUAAAUAUUACCUCAAGAGUCUAUCAUAUUGUACUUUUUGUGUAAGUCGUAAGGAGAUAUGUUUGUUAUUAAUAUAGUGAUAAAUACACAUACUUUUCU